AUGGUCCGAAGAACGCACAAAAAAUCUCGAAAUGGCUGCAUUGAAUGUAAGCGCCGUCAUAUGAAGUGUGAUGAGAAAAGACCCAUAUGCUCCAACUGUAUUAGUUCGCAGCGGCACUGCGAGUUUUUGCAGCCUGUUCCUAGUGGACAGUCCUCUCGCAGCGUUAGAAGUGAAAAUGCUACUGGGUCACCCGCCGUUGCAUCACCGGCCGUGACCUCUUCACCCGCCCAAGAACCCAGCAAUAAUCCCGAAGAUGCUCCCGUUAAUAUGCUCCACGUGGAGCUUGCCCAUAAUAUUUCUUCAGGGUUUAUGAGCGGAUUCACUUAUCCAGACAAUUCCCCUAGUAUCCCAUUCGAGGAUAUCUUGCGGUACGGCCUUAAUGCGCCGUAUCUUAUGAACGAGGUUCUAUCUCUAAGUGCUUUGCAUCUUAGCAUUGUCAGACCAGGGCAGCGGGAUUUCUACCGACACCAUUCUACUCAACUGCAGAAUUAUGCACUGAACUCAUUCAACAAUUCAUCAUCACAAAUCAACGAUGAAAAUUACGUCUCAAUAUUUCUAUUCGCUGGUAUUCUGGGGUUGCACAUGCUGUGCGAGACACUGGUCUAUCGAGAAAACGACUUCGAGAACUUUCUUGACCAAUUCGUUCAAUACACCGUGCUGCACCGCGGGGUACGCACUGUCAUAGGCGGAGGUAGAUGGCAACUUUUGCAAAAGACAUCAUUGAGACCGCUCUUGGAGUUCGGAGAAAGGAUGCCCUCGGUGGAUGCAAGUCUGGGUCCACUUUGCCAGACGCUUUUGGAUCGUAUCAAAGGUCUUGGUCACGACAAAAAUACCACGACGACAUACCAACAGGCUAUCCAGGCUUUGCAAUCCGCCAUGACUGCGACGGAAAAUCAAAUUCCAGGGGCCAACGGCGUACAUGUUCUCACUGCAUGGCCGGUACUUGUCCCUGGCGAAUACAUUGAUCUGGUUGCACAGAGGAAGGGUGAGGCUUUGGUUAUCUUGGCGCAUUUUGGUGCCCUUGUUGAUACACACAAACACUCGUGGGUAUUUUGUGAUGGUGGCAAGUAUUUGAUUGAUUCAAUCAGUCACCACUCGGAGGCUGCUGCAGGAAUCUCUGGUCUGAUCAAAGCCAUCCUCGCAGUUGAACGGGGGAUGAUUCCAGGCAAUCCGACCUUUGUGAACCCAAAUCCUAAUAUCGAUUUUGAUGCGCUACGCGUGCGGGUAACUCGACACAUGAUAAAGUGGCCGGCCACGAAAAGGCCAGUGUCAACUCCUUUGGAUUUUGGGGGGGGGAAGGGGGUGUGCAAUGCUCAUGUCGUCCUGGAGUCAGCUGAGCACUCGCCUCAUGUUUCGUCGUACUUGGAGAAGAUUGGUCUCGACUUCUUUGACCAGGAGGACGCGUCGCCAGAACAGGGUAACGACCCGAAGCUUCUGGUAUUCUCCGCCAACGAUGAGCCAUCCCUUAAAGAAAACAUCCAGGCACUCUCCGCACAUUUGAUGAGCCUGGGGGCAUCGCUAGAUAUGGGUGAUUUAUCGUAUACUCUUUCCGAAAGGCGCACCCGGCAUUAUCAGCGGGCUUUUGUCGUGACACAGAGUAAGGAAAUACUGAACGAACGCAUUAUCCUUGGCAAGAAAAAGGCCAUCCCACCGAAGGUCGGGUUCUUGUUCACAGGCCAGGGAGCACAAUGGUCUCAGAUGGGACUGGAACUGUUGAAUGCCUUCCCAGUCGCAAGGAAUAUUGUUAAAGGUCAUGUGACCUUGUUUGCUCCCACACACAUUUAG